AUGGAAACUCACUCCACAAGCUCAGAACUCAUCUUCAUAGCCAGCUCCGGCCAUGAGAGGGCUCGCCACCUCCUUGCCCUUCUCCUCUCGCUCGGCCGCCCCGCUCGCCCUCCGGAGCUCGCUUCCCUCUGCAAGUUGUUCCCGGCCUCACCGGAGCUCGUCCACUACCUCUGCUCCAUCCCCAACUCUCCGAUCUUCUUGACCAAAGAUCUACUGGUCGUGCCCUCUCCGGUUGCCGUGACGGCUUUCACUAAGUCUGUCGCGACUUCGGAUUUUGUAAACCCGAUCUCCUCGUCGACGUCGUCGUCUUCGCAGCGUCUUGUGAUGUGCUUUGAGAACCGGAAACGACUGUUGUCGGACUUCGAAUUCACGCAGCCAGAAAAAAGAAGAUUGACUUUGUUUUCCGGAGACGAGAAGAAAGAGAAUCGAGUGCCGAUAGAAAUCCAGUAUACUUCUCCAAAGGUACCUCUUAACGUAAUUGAUCACUUCAGCUGGAGAAUAAACACAAAUCCACUUGACAUGUCAAAGAUGGUAGACGACUUCAUAUUUGCUGCCCCUUUGUCUGGAAAAUCUGGUGCAGUACAAUUGAGUUGUCACCGGACAGAAAUUAAAUUUAUAGAAGGUGAAAUGGGUACGAGUUUUUCCAUGCAAAGGAAGGUUAACAAAGAAACAAUGGCUUGUGAACCUAAUCCAGAGCCAGCUCUUCAAAUCAGCAUGUUAGAAAAUCUAGCAGUGCCCAAAGGAGCUUUUAAAGAUGGGGCAAGUGGUGAUGGGAAUUCCACAGCUACAAAAAUUAGGAUCUCCGAAGAGGAAAGAACUAAAGGAAGUCAAGAGGAAGAAAGGUCACUGGCUUCUGGCAGUAAUAUGGGAGAAAUGGGAAAUCAGUUCCAACUACUUCACACCAUUCUUUUGGAUACACCACAUGGAAGUGGUGGAAUGGAAAGGGUGAACUGUUUUGAUACAAUGCCAUACUCUGAAAAAGAGAAAACGAAUAGGCAUGUGGAGCCAUGGGCUCUCCCACCAGAUUCUAGUCUCGUUGUUGCUCAGAAUAAGUUAUCAGAGCCCUUUGCACAGAUGGAGACUUUUCAUGUGGAUGCAGCAUUCUUAAGUCUAAAAAAGAUUUUUAAGUCUUUAGGCCAUGACAAGGCUGAUGAUACCCUGAAAGAGAAAGGACAGUCUAAAGGAGAUUGCAAAGUAAUUGACAUAAGGCAGACAUUAAGGAAGAAAAAUAAUAGUGACAUGCAUACCAAACAAAGAAAGAGAAGCUCUACUUCUAUUUCUCCGAAGGACCGGAUGGAACAAAAAAUACUUCCAAACUUUGAAUCUUAUGUUGUAGAAGAGGAAGAAGGUUCAGGUGGUUAUGGGACUGUUUAUCGGGCAAGGAGGAAGAAUGAUGGAACUACUGUUGCAAUUAAGUGUCCUCAUGCUAAUGCACAUAAGCAUCAUGUUUACAAUGAGCAGAGAAUGCUGGAGCGAUUUGGGGGUAAAAAUUUUGUCAUCAAGUAUGAAGGUUGUUUCAACAAUGGAGAUUCCGAUUGUUUUGUCUUAGAGCAUGUUGAGCAUGACAGGCCUGAGGUCCUAAAGAGAGAAAUAGAUGUUUUUCAGCUCCAGUGGUAUGGAUAUUGCAUGUUUAAAGCACUUGCUAGUCUUCAUAAGCAGGGAGUAAUUCAUAGGGACGUCAAACCCGGAAAUUUCCUUUUCUUUCGUAAGGCUAAUAAGGGGCACCUGAUUGAUUUCAACCUUGCGAUGGACUUACAUCAGAAGUAUGGAAAUGCCGGUAAAUCAAAGGUAGGCUGUGAUGCACACAUCAAUCCCUACAAACUUUCCAAUGCAAAAUCUGUUCAAACCAAAGAUUGGACGUUAGCAAAUCCUAAAUCCUCAGAAACAGCUAAUCUCAAGAGAACAAAAGAUAAAAAAUCAAAGAUAGACAUAAAGAACUUGAGACAAAAGGCUCUGGCGCAAACGAAGACUUUGAAUAAUGAUUUGGGUAGCAGGAACGUUAGCAAAAGUCAAGGUGCAGAUGGCUCUGGCAUUACCUCAGCUGAAAGGAUGAGGGAACCUUUGCCAUGCCAAGGUAGGAAGGAGCUCAUCAGCCUGGUUCAGGAAGCAAGGCAGAGUCAAAAUCAUGUAGCGUCGAGUGUUCUAUCCCCAAAGAGAAAGAGGGUCGUAGCUCCCCCGCAAAAUGUGGAUAGCAUGCUCGUUCAUCUAACUCCAAUGCCGGUGGUUUCAACUGGCAUCAGUGUUGGUGGUUCCCUCUUGAUGAAAAAAGGCAAUGGAAAAUACAAGAAAGAAGGUCCUUGUGUUGGAACCAAAGGCUUCCGGGCUCCAGAGGUUCUAUUCAGAUCUCCCUUUCAAGGUCCCAAGGUUGAUAUCUGGUCUGCCGGGGUUACCUUACUUUACCUUAUGAUUGGGAGAACACCCUUUUUUGGGGAUCCUGAACAGAACAUAAAAGAUAUAGCAAAGUUGAGAGGCAGUGAGGAUCUAUGGGAAGUCGCCAAGCUACAUAACCGUGAAUCCUCGUUUCCAGAGGAUCUAUACAAAUCUGAGUCCUUACCAUCCGUCAAACUGUGGGAUUGGUGCAAAAUGAGCACAAAGCGACCAGACUUCUUAAAGGAAGUACCCCGAUCACUUCUCGAUCUCUUGGAAAAAUGCUUGACUGUGAACCCGAGGCUGAGGAUAACUGCAGAUGAAGCCCUUAAGCACGAGUUUUUCGCGCCAUGCCAUGAAGUCCUGAAGAAGCAGAGGCUGCAUAGGCAGAUGCUAAAUCAGGACUCACAAAACAGUGCUUUAUGUAGUAAAAGCGUCGACAAACCUGCAAAGAUUUCUCAAGGAAAAAGCUUGAAGCUUUCUGUAGAAUAGUGAAUCUAACGAUACACUGUAAGUUGUUUAACCCCAAUUUUUACUUGUUUGUACCAUUUCCCAUUAUUUUUUUUGUAACAAUC